AGAAGUUACCCACACAAUAUACGCACAAUUGACUAUACUAAUUACUUAAACAAAAACCCCUAUUCACUACAGGCAGGGCCCUUAGUUUUUAUAAGAGGUUCGUUACACAAUACUGUUUCUACUCUACCUUUCUACUAGGCACACAUAAUAUCUCUAUUCUAUGUAAUCUUUACCUCUUCCUAUACAUUCUUAGCUAAGAUGUAUCCUAUAAACUCACUUAUUGUCUUCCUCCUGUUAAUAUAUAGCACGUUUGCUGCACCUACAUCUAAACCAAAAUUAACGCCUACACCAAGAAACCCUGAAAAUCCUAAAUGGCAACCACUUAGAGCCGGCGGUGGCAUCUACAAUGUCAAGAGCUUGAGUUCUAUAGGCCUCUACUAUAUAUAUACGCCCUACUACCAGGAUUCCCGGGAACCAGUUACAGCACUACAGCUCCACAAGGGUGAGGACAAGCUUACUAUCUUGCAAGCUUGGAACGCCUACGAGGGUUUCCACCGAAACAACAGCCCUCGACUUAAACUAUCUGACGUAAUACGGGCUGUGGCUAAAGAGCAGGCACAUGUAGACCUGGGGUCACUUACUAAGGUUGUAGUGGACACAGUUAUCAACAAGCCAACAAUUACUGUUGUAAAUGAUUUCUUUGCUGAUUGGGAGAAGCUCCAAAGCAAACCAAAUCAACUGCGCCCGCCCAAAGUCACUCUUACGCCAUCUAGCUCGUAUUGGCCAGCAUUUCAAACCACGCCGUUUGUGAAGGCGGUUAAUUACGCGCUUGCAAGAGACAAAAAAAUGGUGACAACAAUAUCAAUUGUUACUACAGAGAUGAAAACCACAAACUUAUUGUUUAGCCUAGGGCCAAAGCCAAAUAUUGGUAUUAGCAAGUAAAUAAAAUUAAGAAAUUACCCAC